UCGCGGCGCCCGCCCGCCCGCCCGCCUCCCCCGAUCGAAGCUUCGGCUUCCUCCCCUGACACACCAGUACACCACGGGCCGGCGCGAAAACGCCCGCGCUCAAAAGCCAUCAGACCGUUGCCGCGCGCCGGUUUGAACCCGGCGGGAGGGAGGCACGCGGCGGCGCCGCCUCGCCUCUCCUCGCGGAGGCGCGAAACCCUAGCCAGCGAUGGCGGCGGGGUCCGUGGAGGCCGCGGCGGCGCCCGCCGCGGUGGCCGCGGUGGAGGAGGCCGGCGACGCGGUGGAGCAGGCCAGGACGCUCGUCGGCGCGCUCAACCUGCUCUCCCGCAACCUCCCGCUGCCUCCCGCCGUCCUGCGGGCGGUCUCGUCCAUCUGCCACGACGGCGGUGCCGGUGAGGAGGAGGAGGACGAGGAGGAGGAAGGGGAAGAGGAGAUGGCUGUAGUGGAUGGGGGCGGCGAGAGGGACGCCGUCGCUGACGGUGCGGCCGAGGGCGCCACCUUGAUUGAAGAGCUUGAAGAUGCAAUGUUCAAGAAUCAAAGGAUACCCAUAUCCUACUCAGAAUUGGCUGCGCUAAAAGAAGGACGAUUCAAUGCAUCCAUCCAGCAUCGGCUAGCUGAACUAGAAGGGUUACCUUCUACUAGGGGUGAAGAUUUGCAAAUGAAGUGUUUGCUUGAAUUGUACGGGCUAAAGUUGUUAGACUUACAGAAGAAAGUGCGGUCCGAUAUUAGUUCAGAAUAUUGGCUACACAAGAAAUGUGCAUAUCCUGAGAGACAGUUGUUUGACUGGGGGAUGAUGCGAAUACGAUAUCCUUUUACCAUGUAUGGGAUAGGAGAUAAUUUUUCAAUGGAUGCUGAUGAUGUUCAGCGCAAAAAGAGGUUCACAGAGAGAAUCUCAAGACUUGAAGAGGAGGAAAAGAACCAGGCAGAUAUCAGGAAGAGGAAAUUCUUUACAGAAAUUCUCAACGCUUUUAGGGAACAUCAGGUUCAAUUAGCAACUACAUACAAACAAAGAAAGCAGCGGAAUGAUGGAGUUCUGGCAUGGCAUGUUCGGGCACGCCAACGUAUCACACGACUUGAGAAAAAUAGAUUGCUACUUCUGAAAAAUGGUGAUCAAGAAGCGUAUAUGAGGAUGGUAGAGGAGAGCAAGAAUGAACGCCUGAAAAUGCUCCUUGACAAAACAAAUGAGCUUCUUGAAGGAAUUGGGAAAGCUGUACAGCAACAAAAAGAUGCUGAGCAUGUUGGUCAGCCUGAAGGGUUUGAAGUGCCAAAAGGGUCAGAAUCUGAGGAUUGUUCUCAAAUCUCAGACAUCAAGAGUGAAUCACAUGGGGGGUCUCCAUCAGAUGACGAUGCAGAUCUUCCUGGUUCUGCCGAUGAAAGUAAAUUUAAUGCAGGGCGAAGACUUGAUUCUACUGUCCAUUCCAUUGAAGAGAAGGUAACAGAACAGCCAUCAGCUCUUGAAGGUGGGGAGUUAAGACCAUAUCAAUUAGAGGGUCUCCAAUGGAUGCUUUCUUUAUUCAACAACAAUUUGAAUGGCAUUCUGGCUGAUGAAAUGGGUUUGGGGAAAACAAUUCAGACCAUAGCUUUGAUCGCUUAUCUGUUGGAAAAGAAGGAGGUCACAGGGCCGCACUUAAUAAUAGCUCCAAAAGCAGUAUUACCAAAUUGGUCUAAUGAAUUCAAAACUUGGGCUCCCAGCAUUGGGGCAAUUCUGUAUGAUGGUCGUCCAGAUGAGAGGAGGGCUCUAAGGGAAGCAAAAUUUAAAGGAGUACAAUUUAAUGUUUUGCUCACACAUUAUGACUUAAUACUGAAAGAUAAGAAAUUCCUAAAGAAGGUUCUCUGGCAUUAUUUGAUAGUUGAUGAAGGACAUCGUUUGAAAAACCAUGAAUGUGCUCUUGCUCGCACACUAGUUUCUGGAUAUCAGAUCCGUCGCAGACUACUUUUGACUGGCACUCCAAUCCAAAACAGCCUACAAGAGCUGUGGUCUUUGCUUAACUUUAUUCUGCCCAAUAUUUUUAAUUCUUCCCACAAUUUUGAGGAAUGGUUUAAUGCACCAUUUACAUGUGAUGUCAGUCUUAAUGACGAGGAACAGCUACUAAUCAUACAUCGUUUGCAUCAAGUUUUGCGUCCAUUUUUGCUGAGGAGGAAGAAAGAUGAAGUGGAAAAAUAUCUUCCUGUGAAAACACAAGUAAUUCUCAAGUGUGACAUGUCUGCUUGGCAAAAAACAUACUACGAACAAGUCACAAGCAAGGAAAGGGUUGCACUAGGAUCGGGGAACGGAUCAAAGGCUCUGCAAAAUCUGUCAAUGCAGCUUAGGAAGUGUUGCAACCACCCUUACCUAUUUGUAGAGCAUUAUAACAUGUAUCAGCGGGAGGAAAUUGUUAGAGCAUCAGGGAAGUUUGAAUUGCUUGAUCGGCUACUUCCGAAACUGCAUAGAGCUGAUCACAGGGUUCUACUUUUCUCCCAGAUGACAAAACUGCUUGACAUUUUGGAAGUAUAUUUGCAAAUGUACAAUUUCAAGUACAUGAGGCUUGAUGGAUCCACAAAGACUGAAGAACGAGGGAGGUUAUUGGCAGAUUUUAAUAAGAAGGAUUCAGAAUAUUUCUUGUUUCUCCUCAGCACACGAGCUGGAGGCCUUGGAUUGAACUUGCAGACUGCAGACACUGUUAUUAUGUUUGAUAGUGACUGGAAUCCUCAAAUGGACCAGCAAGCUGAAGACCGUGCCCAUCGUAUAGGACAGAAAAAGGAAGUGCGCAUAUUUGUUCUCGUUAGUGUUGGCUCAAUUGAAGAAGAGAUCUUGAAUCGCGCAAAACAGAAAAUGGGUAUUGAUGCAAAAGUUAUCCAGGCUGGGUUGUUCAACACAACUUCCACAGCACAGGACAGACGAGCAAUGCUGCAGGAGAUCCUCAGGAGAGGAACAAGCUCACUGGGUACUGAUAUCCCCAGUGAGCGUGAGAUAAAUCGUUUGGCUGCUCGAAAUGAAGAUGAAUUCUGGUUGUUCGAGAAGAUGGAUGAAGAGAGGAGGCAAAGAGAAAACUACAAAUCUAGGCUUAUGGACCUAAAUGAGAUUCCAUACUGGGUGUUUGCCAACAAUAAUGAAACCUUAACCAAGAAGACCGUGGCAGAUGAAUUCCAGAAUAUUAUGGUUGGUUCGAAGAGACGUAGGAAGGAGGUUGUCUAUUCAGACUCUUUUGUUGAUCAGUGGAUGAAAUCCGAGGAUGGAUUUGAAGACAUUCCUAAGAUGACUCCAAGAGCGAAGAGGACUGCUUAUUCAUCUGACGUACAUGUAGUUGAGUUUAGUGAAAGGAGGGAAAGGCCCAGAUCUCUUGAAAACAGCGCAGAUGGUGCAAGCAAACCAACGUGGACACCUGAAAAAGGAAGGGCUGGAAUUUCAUCCUACAGCAAGGACGAGAAUGAAGAAGAUGGUGAUGAUGAAGUCAUUACCAGCGGUUUACAGAAGGGAAGCAGUUUCACAUGGAAGACCCUUGGAAGAAAAAGGUCAAACCACUUCAAUUCUUCAUCGGACUCAAAAGGACGCCCGUCAUUCUAAUGUCAGCGUACGUCUUUUGAGAAUAUAGUACCCCUGUUGCCUUGAUGCAUUUGUUCGAAGUCGUCCUUUGAGAAUAUAGUACCUCUGUAGACAAACUAACAGGGUCACAUCUUAGAGUACAUUCAAGCUUAUGGACUGUACACCCUCACUACUCAGGAGAUCUUCAAUUUGCUUGGACACUGUCUGCAAAGCUAAGAAUAUGUAAUUUGUGUUGCAUCUCGUAUCUGCUUACACACCAAAUUGUAUUUUGUUGAUAAUUUGCUUCCGACAACUAUUGUGAACAUGAUAGAGCUCUUGUAAUAUACGCCCCCAGGACCUUGCAAUUUCAUUUAACAGCAUACCUUGUUGUUGUACCUGGGUGAGAAGUUGUAGUUUAUGGUGUUGCUGGAGUAGAGUUGUUUGAUAAUUGUAAUCCUAGAGUUCUAUGCUGUGUGUUGUUUAGAGAUACUUUAUAGCUUCUAUAGCAGCAUCAUCUUCAGUUGUGUUCACUGUA